CUGCUUGUUGCUUUUGCUCUUCCAACAACACAUUGCAUCUCAAAUCACCAAUUAGGACAGCCUUUCCAAAAGCUGCCACUGAAAAGCAGAUACUCGACUCAUAAAAGGUGUCGACUCUGCAAGACGCUACUGGCUAGAACGGUUUGAUUUCUUGAACUUUUUCACAUCAUGCGUACAACUAGAGAAUAACAAAAAUCCAUUGGUGUACCCGGCAUGGCUCGAUUGGAUACCAUCAACUUACUCAUCCCUUCACAACAACAUGAAAGUUCAGAAGAUCUCCAAUCUCAAAUCCAACGCGUUGUUGUUCAAAAAGGACACUUUCGUCAUGUGACUGAACGAUCUCUCCUGGCUGAAGGCCUGGGCAAGGCUCCUCUCGAUAGCGACAAAAAGGCCAGCCAUGAAGACGAUACGCAAAUCGAUGAUGACGAACCUCAACAGAAGAGACAAGAACGACUGUGGAAGCGACGGGAAGAAAUGAUCGAACGCCUAAGCUAUGCUCAAAAUGAAAUUUUGUGCGCUUUGGAUUUUGUCUCUCUCCUCAUCUCAAAACAAUGGAUUCCAGCACAAGGCUCAAUGUCACCGGCCCUCAAGGACUCAGUCCCCGUGGGCACAUUAGCUGGCAGAGUUCUACCAAGAAAGCCAUUAUCCAGCACGGCACAACGACAGCUCACCUCGGCAUCUCAAGGCUGGAGAGCCGAAAGCUUUCGUUCUGCUUCGGAAAAACUGUCUUCCGCAUCAACUCGCCUUCAGAAAGGAGCGGAACGUGAAGCCGAGUAUUGGGCGCAAGUCACUAAACUCACCAACCAAGGAUGGAUGGUAUCACGACUACCGCACGACCGCAAAGCCAUCGGUGUCCAUUUUGGGGUUUCCCACUCUGCACCACAGUUUCGUGAUCGUGGUUUCGCUUUUCUCCGCCAACUAAACGAUGGAAGUGUGACACUAGAUCAACGGUCCGCUCAGCGCAGUCAGAAGGCAUUGGGCGUGUAUAUCGUUCGAGACACCGUCAAAACCGGCUUUUACCUGUUCAAACCCCAGAAGACGAGCAACCGAUCAGCCGAAGACGAAGACGACAUCACACAACAAAUCAUGCAGAUGCGCGACUCGUUAUUCGAAGAGGAGCUAUUCUACGAAAUAUGUCGCGAAGCACGCACCGUAGCAAAUCAAGGCGUUCACAUCCGCGCCCAAGCGGUCGAUGUCGCCGUCGGGACCAAAUACCAACUUUCCUUGGUCUUCGGAGAAGAUUUGGACGCCGUUAUAUCCACAAACACCGAAGACAACCUCAUCGCCGAAUUCGUGGCUGUAUCUCUCAGGUUGCUCUUGAAUGCUGCGCACGAACAAAAUCUUGCGAAGAGAUCGCGCAAAGCUGCCCCCUUGACACUCAAACCCCGACAUUCACCAGAAUAUGCACUCAUCCGACCGAUUCUAGCACACCUGCGUCACCGCGCCGAAGCCAUUGCUUUCUGGACCGAUUGUAAAGAGAUUGUUCGUCCUUUUGCGAAGGCUGGACUACAAGUGACGCUCGACAUUGAAAAAUCCACCACCAAGGCGUUCGAGGCAUUGAAUAUCGAAGCACCCUCCACAUUCCUUUCGGAGAUUAUGAUUCCAGCCAAGAGUCGUUUCAAGAUUGGACUGACACAGAACAAGGCUUUCGAAAUAGGUCUCGCUACGUUCCUGGGUCCGCCUCUCUUUGGAUCUCGGUAUGAGAUUUCCGGUCUAGACUUUGGAUUUGUCACGGUGCCACUUGCGCAUCCUGAGACGAGAGAGGCUGCGGUCCAGGCUGUGUACCAGAUGUUUACACUGGGUCUUGUUUCACACAUUGAGAGCUUAACCAAGCGAAUCUCCGACGGUUUGUCGAAUGAUGCAAGAAAAGACAACGCAAAGAAGUGGGAGGUGUCUCUGCCUCAUAACGGAGAACUGACUCUCUGCGUUGCAGGAGAUCCGGUCAGAAAGAUCGUCGCGUCAGUACGACCUGGACUGAUUGUUGUCCAGACAAGGAGUUUGGAGAGGGGAACCUCCAAACAUGAGAUUUGGUCAUGGACUUCUGACGGCUGCUUCAGCGCUGGAGGUGUCAAUGGCGCAGUUAACCCAGUGACCACAUUCAACGAAGUUGUCACCAAGAUUUUGGAUACCAGCUCUUAAAAGGAAACCCUACCAUUUGAAUCUAUGCGGCAGAAUUCCCACUUGAUUGGAGUAGGUGGCGGUCCCAGCUUCGGUACUGGCGUCGAUGGUGCACCUGCGGCUGGUAGUCUAUCGAGCUAGAUUCACUAUCUACCACGUAG